UCGACAACCUUCAAUCCUGUGGAGGAUCUUCCCAGCCUAGCUGGGAAAGUGGUGAUAGUAACUGGUUCCAGCAGAGGCAUAGGUUUCGCUACCCUCCAGCACCUUUCAAGAAUGGGAGCAAAGGUAAUUUAUAUGGCCGUCCGAGACUCUGGCAGAGCAAAAGAAGCGAUGGAACGACUAGAAAAAGAGGGACGUGGACCUGGUUUCGGAGAAGUCAUCUGGCAUGACCUUGAUCUCAAAGAUCCUCGCUCUGCCAAGGAAUCAGCAGAACGUUUCAUCGCUAGGGAAAGCAGACUUGAUAUCUUG